CUGAUCAUGUAUCAAGUUAUCAUCAAAUGUGAGAACAGUCAGAGUGAGGUCUUAGACUUAUUCUGGGGGGAUCUUAUUUAAGUGCAAGGGAAUGAGAAAGGUGAGUGGAAACACAGGCUUGCUCUGAUCUUGUCUGCUUCACUGGUAAUUUGUUUCUCUGUGCUGCUUUGCUUCUGACAUGGACUGGCUGCUUGAGUGAUGCAAUUAGAAACACCCCUGGACAAUGUUAACAAUGAAUGAAUGAAUUCUGUAACAGAAGUGAAAAAUAGAUUACUGGAAAGCAAUUGACCAAAAAUUUCAAAAGGUCCCAUUUAAUUCUUUGUCAUUUUCCUGGGGUGUAAAUGUUGUGUGUCAGAGUCAUUUCACUAAAUUCUGGUAAACCAUAAAUUGGUUAAAGAAGAAAUCUUCCUGCGGUUAACAGUGGACUGACUCUGUUUGCUUUUUGUGUGCUUGUCUCAGACUUGCUUGGCGCUUGUGCACAACCCGGCUCAGUCCUCGCUUCUCUCUUUGUCCCCCUUUCCUUGCUCUCUCUGCUGCUGUCAUCUGCUCUGUCCUCCUCCGCUCUCCACUCUUUCUCCCUCCCCCACUCGUCCGUUUCUGCUAUAUGAUUUGCAGGUAUUUUUCACCAUAUGGUUCCCUCAGCGUCCUCCCAUCAGUUUGGGGUGACGCUGUCCACCUCUGGAGGCCUCAGCUCCCUGCUCCGUCUCUCCUCCUCUUCCUCUGCCUCCUCACAAACCCAGCAACAUACCAUUGCUCCGCCUGCCCCCACACGCCUGACGUCUGUGUCCUCAUCUCUCCCCCUCGCACUGUCCCAGGUCCAGCAUAUCCGCACGCAGUCAGUCCUGCACAGCCCCUCUCCUCCCACUCUUUCCCUACCCCCUCCACCGCCCCUUCACAGCAUCCCUUCUUCCUCCUCAGCCUUCACACUCUCUGAUGUCUCAGUGUCUUCUAGAUCAGACUCCCUCCAUCCCUCACGGCUGCCCCAUACAUCUCUCCAUCACCAGAAAAUACAGUUAUCUCUCUCGCUUUCCAUCACCACCUCCUCCACCACUUCAACUUCUGUCUGUACCGCUGCUGCUGCUUCUCCCUCCCUCCCCUCUUCCUCUCUGUCCACCUCCUCCUCAUCUCGUCCAUUCGCUGUGCACUACUCUCCCCGGCUGACCCUUCCCCCACCGGCCAACAGUUCAGGAGGCUUGUGGAGGACUCAGGGCUUGCAUGGUCCCCACACCACCUCCCAGAUCCCCGGUGCCCGACCUAGGUAGUGUUUGGGCCGAGGGGCAGUGGGGAGGAGGGGAUGGAGAGGGGAAGGGCGGAGGGCAAUCAGAGGGUGGAUAGAGAAAGAUAGGGGGGGGGGGAGAGAGAGACAGGAUACCUGUUUUCCCUGUUUUUCUACAAGCUGUUGUUCUGAAUAAACAAGGUAAGAAGACUAACAAAUGUCUUGGGUAUAUUUUUGUUUUUACUUGCGUUACAUUGCAGAAGUAUUCAUACUCCUUGAAUUUUUCCACCUGUUGUCAGGUUAAAGCAACAAAAAUCAGUGUAUUUUAAUGUGAUGGACCAAAACAAACAGUUUCAAUGUUGAAUAAGUUUAUAUUUCAGAGCUCUUAUAUGCAGAGUGUCUCCCUUUUUUGUUGUGACCUUUGAGCCAGGUCAUUGCAAUAAGGGAGAAACAUCAUGUAUUGCAGAGACACGUUAGCUGGCACUCAGGGUUUAAAAAACUGAAGGUUUUAUUAGGUCCUCAGGUGUCCCACUUCAGUAAUUAGUGUUGCAUGAUGGUUAAUGCCCAAUCUAACCACAGGGAUCUUGCAGGGGUCGUAACAUAAUCUUCCCUUCAACUCUGACCACCUGUCCUGAAAAGUAACCCCACAGCAUGAUGCUGUCAGCACCAUGUUUCACCAUGGUGUAUUCAGGGUAGCGUUGGGCCAUAUGGAAAAUAAUUAAUAUCACAAUAUCAUUUGGAUUUAUCGCAUCGCAAAGCUGCAGUUUGGCUGCACAUUUUGAAAGGAAGUACAUUAGACUGGCGAACAUAUCUGCAAGAACAAUCCAUAACUCAUGAUCUAAGACAAGUAUAAAUCCCUCUGACCAAUAACCAAACCACACAAAUGCCGAACAGUGACAAGAUCCUCAAAUUAUCUGCCAAACACAGAGAAACACACCAAAAUGUUGACACUGCAUGAUAGCAUGCAGAGAACACAGAUUGCAGACUGCUGUAUAAUCUGACCAGAAGCUGUUAAAUUAUCCCUAUUUAUAGUAUUAUGUGUACACCGACACAGACAAGAAAACGGCAGCUCUAAGAUGAGAUCAAAAGCUGAAAACUGACCCAGCAAAAAGAAAAAACAAAUCACAACAUCUCACACAGAAUGAUAGUGCAGACACGAGCUGAGAACCAUGGCCUCUGAAAACAUGUAAUGUUUUGUUACAGAAAGCUUUCCUUUUUGGUUUGAACUGAACACUGAACAGUGGAAACGGGAACAUCUAGCAAUGAUUUGGCUUCAUGCAGCAGCAGUCAUAUUAAGACUGUUUCUAAUAGCCUCAGUGAUUGGCUAAUAAGCUCUAAUGCAGAGAUCAGAAUAAAAGCCGUUUUACGAGAGCACAUUACUUGCGACCAAAUUACUCACCCUUGGACGAAGGCAGUGGUUAUAAAGUUUAUCAUCCUUUCUUACUUUUUAUCAGUUUCCAUUAAACCCGAGCAGUUCUGAAAUCUGUUGUAAAGGAUUAUUUUGCGCUAUAAGUCCUGUUUGUUAAACGUCUCUUCCUUGUCAUCACUCCUUGAACUCCUCGAAUCUCUGCAGCUCCUCUUGAGCUACUGUGAGCAUCAUAGCUUCUUAUUGAAGCUGUCCUUUCAGUUUAGGUCGACGGUCAUCUCUAGGGAAGGUUUGUAGUUGUGUCUUACCCUUUGUGUUAUUAAAUGAUAAACAGGGUUCUGGAAGAUGCUGUUCAGUAUCCUAACCCAUCCCUGACACAAUUGCUGUGGUUGAUGGAUGUUAAUAAAAUGAUCAGGUUCCUUUCACUGCACAGUUACACACUGCUUUGUGUUGGUUUAUCACAUAAAAUUGCAUUAAAGCGUGUUUUUGUAAUGUGACAAAAUGUGAAAAAGCUCAAAGGGUGACUACCGUUCUAGAGCACCGUAUGCUGCUCUGUUGUUGCUGUGUGAAAUGUCUGCACUGAUUGAUCGACUGAAUCGUUUUCUGUCUGACUG